AUGGCGGCGACAGCCACCACAACGGUUCUACAACAGCCGUCCCAUUUUGGCACACCACAACAGCAUGCCAUUCAUAGUAUGGCAGCGUCGACGACUUCAGCUACCGGCGGUAUCAGCCUCGAGCAGUCUCAGCUCUGCCUAGUGUGCAAAUCCAUCUUCGAUGGCCUCACGCCCCGCAAUGAGUAUGGCGAGGUUACCCACUAUGGAUUGGAAGCUCUUUUCACCUCCGCAUCCCGCGGUUGCCAUCUGUGCUUGACCGUCUCACAAUCCAUCGACCCAGACCAGUUCAGCUCAUUCCAGAAUCGUCUCGCCAAAGGAGAACGCGUCGAAAGCUGGGGGUUUGCCGCCGUCAGUCCCAUUGCUAGAGAUCAAGCGAGGAUCAGAUUUCGAUAUCUCCGGACUAAGAGAACCGAGGAAGAAGUUUACGAAGGCAUGAGCACCUCCGAGAAGAGGAAGACGCGAAUGAUGAUGAGUACGCCGUCGAGUAUGGAUCUCAGCAGUGGAAGCACCAGCAGUGACGGAGGCAAGGCGAAAAGGGAACAGAUGCCGAUUCUGGUCGAGUUAAUUUUAAUGAACCCCAAAUAUGCCGUGGAACCCGGUGUUCGGAAGAUCAGUCUUGAAUCGAUACAUACCGGUUCGGCGGAAAGCUUCGACAUUGCAAAGAAAUGGAUCGACGAGUGCAUGUUCAACCACAUGAAGUGCUCGGUUAACGACGGUGCUGGACCUAUCUGGAAGCCAACUCAUCUCCUGGAUGUCUCUGUGAAAGGACCGAAAGGUGCACCGGGCAUCAAACUCGUCGAUGGCAUGUUCCUGGACGCCUUUACCGAGUAUGUCACCCUCAGCCACGUCUGGGGCCGAUCGAAGGCUAUCCGAUUACACAAAGGCACACUGAAAGCAUUACGACAGGGUGUGGCCAUCAAUAGUCUGCCCAAGACCUUUUCCGAAGCAGCAAUGGUAGCUGACAAACUGGGCUAUCGAUAUUUGUGGAUCGAUGCCCUGUGUAUCAUGCACGACAACGAGACGGCUGUUCUGAAGGAGAUCGGGGAGAUGAACAAGAUUUAUUCGAAUGCGUCCCUCAACAUCGCGGCAACGUCCUCACGCGAUGAUUCUGCAGGACUCAUCUAUCCUCGGAACGUCAUGGCACUGCAGCCCUGCGUCGUGGAGGCCAAUGGAGUCGGUGUUGCUGACGGCAUGUACAAGAUCCUGCGGUCGACCGUAUGGCACGAUCUUGUCGACACAUCACCCCUUGCCAAGCGAGCCUGGGUCGUCCAAGAGAGAUGUCUAGCCAAACGAACACUCCACUUCACACGUACCGAGCUGCUCUGGGAAUGUCAGCAGAUGUGCUGCUCGGAAGUGUUUCCCAAAGGAUUACCAGCCACAAUGACUGCACCCGCGGGCAAAGACUCAGUCGAGUUCUUCAACAAGCGCACCCACCACCAACGCCACGGCAACUGGCACCAGCUCGUCAACCUCUACUCGCGAGGUCGACUAAGCUACACAUCCGACAAGCUCCUCGCCGUCUCCGGCCUCGCAAAGCAAUACAUGUCCCGCAACCGCCUCCGCGAAGCCGACUACCUCGUCGGCCUCUGGAAGCCCCAACUCCCGCAAGCCCUCCUCUGGCGCACCGACCGCGGCAAGCGCCCGCUCAAAUACCGCGCCCCAUCCUGGUCCUGGGCCUCGAUCGAAGGCGACAUCGCCCACCCGGAAACCGCCCAGGCGGCCAAGGAAACCUGCCUGGAAGUCAUCGACAGCGAGGUCAAACACAAAGCCGACCCGUUCGGGCAGGUCGAGGCCGGCGCCAAGCUCAAGGUCCGCGGCUUCAUGGCCCGCGGCCUCCUGCCGCGCACCAAGGACUACUGGGGCCAGGUGUCGUGCGAGAUCCAAUGCAAGCAGUCGUCGUCGUCAUCGUCGUCGCCGCUGUCGCUCGAGCUCGAGAACGCGUAUUUCGACGAGGACUUGCCCAAGUUGUCGGAUCCGGCCGCGGGGGUCGGCAUGAUUGAGCAUCUGCAGGUGUAUCUGCUGCCGGUGAUCGACGUCAUGGACCGCGUCGAGGGCUUGAUCCUGUGCUCGAACAUCAAGAAGGGCGAGUUUCGCCGCAUCGGUGCGUUUGAGGUCAGUCGGUACGACCAGGCGAAUUGGGAUCGCUUCCGUGCCGUGAUGAAGGGGGACCCGGAGAUGAAUAAUUAUGAGGAGAGGUUGGAUCAUACUAACGGGUAUUGGUUUGCCAGUGAUUAUACUUAUACCGUGAACUUGGUUUGA